AUUUUGAAUGCUAGUAAACAAGUGGCUAUUUAUAUACAUACAUAUAUACAAACCCAAAGAAAAUGACGGCAAUGGAGUUCAAAUGGGACUCUGAAAAACGACACGGUAAAUAGUGAAUCUGACACGGGAAAAAAAUGAAAGGCUAAAACCAGAUUCCUCCAAAAUCUAGCAGACACCCUUUCUUUCUUAACCAUCCAAUUGUUUCAGAUUCUCCAUUAAAGCUCCUUCUUUUUGCCUUGCUUUCCCCAAAGUUCACACCUUUGUUCACUGCCCCUGUUGAUACUUAUGGUCUUUUUUCUGGGUUUUGUGAACUUCUUCUUCUCUUUUAGAUCAUAAAACUGAGAUAUUGGAUACGGAUACUUUAGUUUUUUGUUUGGAUUUUGUUGAGGGGUCAGCCCUUUUUCCGUCGAGCAGCCGAUCAUAUUGUCCCCGGAGACUCUACACUUGGUUUUAUCCGAAGGUUUGAUCUCCCAACUUCGAGGAGAACCCAAUGAUUUCGUGGAGUUUGGGGGAAUCACCAAAUAAAUAUUUAGCAUUUGACCUCAUGCCUUUAUAUGGCAUUAGUGGCCUAUAUAAUGCUGGGUGAAGAUAUUAAUGAUUCUGAAGGGGAGAUUAAGGUGAGUUUCGGCUAUCAAUGCAACAGUGGCGGCGAUGGUAUUCCAAGUGGGGCUGUGAAAGGGGUCGAGUCCAGAAGUGAUAUACCGAGGAACGGUAGUUUCUCGUGUUUGUCUGGUGCUGCCUUAAGUGCCAAUGCUACAUUGGCCAACACAAAUAUCUGCAAUGGUCUAAUAGGAUCUGAUAUUCUUCCCAGUCUAGAUUCCCCUAACUCAUUUCGUAGGGUUCCGUCUUCUCCAUCUCUUUCGAGAUUGGAUAUAUUAUCAUCUUCCCUACAAAGCAGUAUGUCGAAUUUAAGUUGUAGUCCACCGAGUCCGGUCGGUUCAUACGAAACCGAUUCAUAUAUAUUGAAAACCAUGAGUGUUCCCACUAGAAGUGAUAGUUUCCUUAAUGCUGUUGAAGUUCAAGUGGCGGGUGGAGCUGCAGGUGAAGAUCGGGUUCAAGCUGUUUGUUCCGAAGAGAACGAAUGGCUUUUUUGUGCUAUCUAUGAUGGCUUCAACGGGAGGGAUGCUGCUGAUUUUCUCGCUGGGACGUUAUACGAGACCAUAAUGUUUAACUUCAAUUUACUCGACUCAGAAUCAAAGCAGUAUGUUCCCAGUAUCGACACUGCAAGUGAUGAAAGCUCGUAUUUGGAAAUGGAAGUGUCUUCUCGUUCAUUUAGGAAUGGAGUACUUGAUAUCCUUCAUCGAGCUUUAAGUCAAGCGGAGAAUGAUUUCUUGUACAUGGUAGAACAGGAAAUGGAAGACCGUCCUGAUUUAGUUUCAGUAGGAUCUUGUGUUUUGGUUAUGCUUCUUCAUGGAAAUAAUUUGUACACGCUCAAUUUAGGUGACAGUCGAGCUGUAUUGGCAACAUUUGAUGAAGGCAACGACAUGGAUCAGUCUGGAAGAUUAAAAGCUAUUCAGCUCACCGAUAGUCAUACCGUCGAUAACGAACUUGAAAAAACUAGACUCUUGAGUGAGCAUCCUGAUGACUCGAUGCCCGUAAUUGCUGGAAAAGUGAAAGGAAAAUUGAAGGUCACUCGUGCUUUCGGAGUAGGUUACUUGAAAAAGAAGAAACUGAAUGAUGCAUUGAUGGGAAUUCUUCGAGUUCGAAACCUCAUUAGCCCCCCGUAUAUCUCCACCGAACCAUCACUAAACGUGCACGAAAUAUCGAAAUCCGAUCACUUCGUAAUAAUUGGCAGCGAUGGCUUAUUCGACUUCUUAAGCAACGAAGAAGCAGUGAAGCUCGUCCAUUCUUACAUCUCAAGCAAUCCUUCUGGAGAUCCUGCAAAAUUUCUCGUGGAGCAGCUUGUAAUAAAAGCGGCUCAUUCUGCAGGUUUCAGUAAGGGAGAAUUGUUGAACAUUCCGGCUGGUAGGAGGAGGAAAUACCACGAUGAUGUUACCGUUAUCGUGAUUAUUCUCGGAACGAAUCAUCGAACUUCAAAAGCGUCAACCUGUAUUUGAAUCUUAUGUAUUUCAUUCAACAACCCUAAAUCAUUGUAUAUAUAAGCUUAAAUUCAGAUAAUUUUCAUCUUGAUUUGUUGUAAAACAAA